GUUUCAUAAACUCAGUAAUUCUUGCUCAUGUUUAUAAAUACUUUAUUUUGAACUCAAAUAUUUUACCGUUAAUUAUUUUGAAAUUACUGUAAAAAUAUAUAUAAAUUUUAAAUUAUAAAUUUGUUUACGGUGAAUUAUAUAGCAAGAUGGUUGUUCAUGCAUCAGUAUACUGAAGAAUUUAUGUUUAGAGGCUUGUGAUAUGUGAGUGGUGUAAUAGGAUUACAGUUAUUGUUUAGUGAUUUACAUAACUUAGAUAUCCAAUUUCUAUUCUAUUAAAAGUUCUAGGCAACCCCAAAAGAAAAGAGAAAAACAAAGCGCGAGAGAGAGAGAAGGAAGAAAAAGGGGACAAAAGUGAAUGAGGAGGUUCUUCUUUUUGGUGUUUACGACAGAAAGAAACAGUAACUCCAGGGGUUGAAUUUGAAAAUGGAACAUUUGAGCGGUAAAAUACAAAGAAAGGAGCCCUCUCGCACAAUCCCACACGUCCCAUCUCCAUAUUUUCAAAAAUUGAAUACAAAAUCUCCUCGAACUCCGCCAUUAAACUAUUACUAGUACGAAAAUCUCACGCUUCUAAAAAGUCUUUGAUCCCCUCUCUCCUCUUCACGUUGACUCACUCUUCCUCCAUUGCUAUGGGUUGCGUUUCAUCAACUUUGCUCAACCAAGACAGUGAAUUCACCCAAAUGGGUGGCUCUUCUGCUGGUUUCAGCCACCACAUUGUCUCUCUUACUUCCACCACUUAUGGUCUCUUGACCCUUGACCCACCUUCUACUCCCCCAACAGCCACCACAACUGUCCCUCCUACCCCUACCCCUACCCCUACCCCUACCCCACCACCUCGACACACUCUUGCUUCACUUUUCCCAAGCCCCUUGUCUGAACCAAGAAUCCUCAAGUCCCAUACCUCUGACAUUAUCAACUCUUGGGAGCUUAUGGCUGGUCUUGAUUCCACCUCCACCACUCCCAUCAGUGACAGCUUUCGAUUUCCCUCUUUACGGAAAACCACCCCUGGUUCUAGCUUCAGAUUCUUGAAAUCAUCAUCAUCCCCCAACAAAGAGAAUUCAGACCCCAAUAGCAAUGUUCCGUCUUUUGCCGAUGUAGUUGAUAAAGCUGACAUUUUUAAGCCGACUAGAUUGUCUUCUGAUUCCGCGCUUGAUGGUUUUGAAAAGCUCUGCCCGCCAAAUGGUGAGGAUAAAAUAGUGAUCUAUACGACGACGUUGAGGGGUGUGAGGAAGACCUUUGAGGCUUGUAAUGCUGUGAGGUCAGCAAUUGAGGGGCUUGGGGUUUUGUAUUGUGAGAGGGAUAUUUCGAUGGAUAGAGGUUUUAGGGAAGAACUGAAGGAGCUGAUGAAGGGUAAAGAGAGUACUGAGUUAAUACCACCAAGGGUGUUCUUUAAAGGGAGGUACAUUGGAGGGGCUGAGGAGGUGAUGAGGAUUGUGGAGGAGGGAAAUUUUGGAGAUUUGCUUCAAGGAUUGCCAAAGGUGAAAGCUGGUUUUGUUUGUGAGGGUUGUGGGGGUGUCAGGUUUAUGCCUUGUUUUACAUGUAAUGGGAGCUGCAAGAUGGUGAUGUCGGUGAAGGAAGUUGCGGAACAGAAUGAAGGCAGAGCUGUGGUGGUAAGGUGUAGUGAGUGUAAUGAAAAUGGGUUGGUGCUUUGCCCCAUUUGCUGCUGAGUGAUGCAGGAGCCGUUACUGUGAGGACCUAGCUCGGGUCCACUUCUAUUUGUAGUGCGAUAAAUGGAUUUUGUACACACCAAAAUGAAAGAAGAUAUUUUAUGGAUGAAGCUGCAAUAUCCUACAUCAACCUCUCUAGGGCAGCUUCUGAAACAUUUGGCUAAAGUUCCGGUACAUUCAGUGAAAACAGGUGAAGAUUCAGCACUAAGCUGCGGGUAGUUUCUCAGAUUCUGAAUGAACAACUGGCCCAUACUUGUUGUCUGCAUGUAUCUUGAGAUGCAGUGUAAAUUAUAACGUACCAACAACAUUGAAUAAUAUACCAAUGCUAAGUAACAUGAUAUUUGAAUCUGUAAGUCAUUUCACCUUACUUAGCUUCUCAUAGACUUUUCUAUGGCAACUAAAACAUUUCCAGAAUGGAUAGUGUUCUUCUGUGCGGUGAAUUUUGCUGUUUUCACC